AUCCUCUCGCGAUUCGAACAUGCAUCGACGAGCGCGAGCGCUUAUCGAGUGCGUUUCCCAUAGAGACUCGUGAAGCAGAAGCGGCAGUCGACAAGGCUUAUUCUGUCUCGCCAUCACAUCAUUUGUCGACCAUAUUAUGGUGCACGUGAGGCGCACACGUUGGCAAUCGCACGUUAAGAGACUGUGCCUCGGAAUGCGUCGCGACCAUUUCGUGUCACCCGGCGACCCUUGUUCUGUACGACAUCUGCCGAAAUGUUUCGCUCCGGCAAAGGGGAUGCCACCGAUGAUCCCUGGACAGCGACAAGCCCCCCUCCGACUCACAACUGCAUACACACUCGCGUGUUUAUUCGUGGAUCACAUCGUCACAUCCGAGAAGUGUGAUGACUGUCGGACAGGCCCGGGAAGGCUUUUGCUAGACUAGCGCGACCGGUCAUUUCCUUGCUGUGUGCAACCUGCAUGUGCG